UGGAGCGAGCCAUCGUCGCCCCAAAUCUCGCCCGGUUCACAUUGACCAUUUGGAAAGUUCCAAAUUCCCGUCGCCUGCUUGAUUCAUUCCCAGUCCAGAGUCGCCGAUGGAGAUCCCCUUUCGCAUCUCGGCUCCAAACUCUUUGGCGGAUCCACCACCAAUUUUUGGCCUGUUCCUAUGUCUGAUCGAUGGCCAGCUCGUUUUGCUCCGUCCUGACUCAUCGCUGUGGACGGUAGACUACAGCGGAAGUGCCUCGCUUGUCGCAACGACGUGCAUGCAUAUCUUGAUUACCCCCUUCAACAACAAACUAUCCUCCGUCGGUGACCAUGAUCCGCGUACGACGAGCACCUUCAGGGAGGCUGGUGCUCCUGUAAAGAGUGCAUCAUAUCCCCAGCUAGCAGAAGUUCAACGUACAAUUUAUCUGAGUGGAGUGGACAAGCAAACAGAUAUGUAAGCAGUUGAUGGUCACAUAUAAAGGUUGAUGUCAGAAACGGUACGGUUGUGCCUCAAUCCGUUAGAAAACCAUUGCAACUACCUUCUCUGUUGUCUAUGUGGACAAUUCUUAGCAGGCCAAGUUCGCACCAAGCAUCCCGUACUGAUCAAAUUAUAAAUUUAGAUUGAUUUUUUUUGGCAAGAUCAGGUGUGAAUAUGUGUGUGGGUAAAUGCAUAUGAAUGGCUGGUUGAUGUGAAGAAGGAAAAUUCUGAAAUUCUUUGUUUCAUUGAAGGUCAUACUAACUCAUUGCAAGCAAACUUGGUUGCAUAAA